AUGGUUCAACGUGUCAUUUGGCAGGAAUUGCCCUUCCAAUCUCGCUUCGAAUCUCGCUUCGAAUCUCGCUUCGAAUCCCGCUUCGAAUCUCGCUUCCAAAUUCCCUCGAACGCCAAGCGGUGGGAUCCACCUCAAGAGAUUUUAGUGAAAUAUUUGCUUGCAGAAGUUGACAGCCAGGGUCAGCCUACCUUACAAGAACUGGACCAAGCACAAGACUUCCGCUGUAAAGUGCGAUCGCUGCGCGAGCACCGGGAUUGCACCAUUGCAAAUGAGGAGGCUUGCUUGGCUGCAUUGAUAGAAGGAUGCAGCGCGAUGUCUGGAUUGAAGACAAUCAUCUCAACAGACGCAAGAGUACCUGGCAAUACCAUGGAUGCUGUUUUGGACCCGCCAACCUCAUUCGAUGGGCAACAUCUUCUUCCGUUGAGCGACGCUGUAAUGCGUUUACUGGAAUUCCGAGAAGGUCCAAUCGAAACAGGGAAGUUCAGCAACUGUGCAGGGUUUCUCUGCAUGCUGGAAGCCGUGGCGAUUACGGGUGUUCCCGUAGAGAACCUUAUCACAGAGCGGAAAUCAGGACUCUUGAAACAUGGGAUUCAAGCAGUGGAUCCCUUCCAGGCUGAUAAUUUUGAGCAUCGGUUCGCAAAAGCAUUCAGGCAUCUCCGCAAAAUCAGCCUGUGUCUUGAUUGCCCUGUUCCUACUUUCAACAGCGGGUUGUACACAUGCUUGCAGGGAGCAGAGCAACUUGAGCACUUAGAAAUAUCUGAAACGCACCUUGUCGAGUCUUUGCCGAACGAGUUGCAGAUUUUUGCUGCACCCAUUCGAUUUCCGAAGCUUCACACCCUUGUACUAGAAAAGGCAAAGUUACAAAACCAAACUCUCAGGCGAUUCAUUGUGCGUCACGCCCCAUCUCUGACUACUGUGGUACUGUGGGACUGCUAUGUUUCGGGCAGCUGGAGGGAUGUUAUACAGGUCCUUGCCGAUGCGAAGAAUGUGCAUUUUGAAUCGUUCAUUUUGAAGAGUCCCAGAGAUGAGGAGUCGGAUCGCUACCACGUGUCCGAAGGACGGAUUGCGCCACGGGUCAACAGCCAAGAUGUGCUGCGUUUCAUCAAUGAAGGGGGUUCCAACCCCUACGCGAACAGACAAUGGAUAUGUUUUUACGAUGACGAUACAAUAUCCCAUGCUUCUGGGUAUUCUGACAUAUCAGGUUGGGGCGGCCACGCCUCGAAGUAUGGGGAUGGCGACUUUGACAACAUUGUUGAUGAAGAUCCUGAUGGGCCCGAGUACAACUCAGACUACGACUUCGACGCUGAAUCGGGGUCUGAACCCGAAACCGAAUCCCAGAGGAAACCCAUCGCAAGUGGCAGCAUGGACGACGAUGACCGAUUCUACCACGAAUCGUGGAGCUGGCUUACAUCUGUGUGA